AUGCCAAUUAAAACUAUGACGCCUAAUAAGCAGCAAGUCGAUGAGCUGCGAAAUAUGUUCAUUAAGAAAUAUGAAACAAAUCCACCGGCAGUCGACUUUCAUCCUGUGGAUAUUGAUCGCGUUCGCAAUGAUGAUCUCUGGUGUAUACGUUUCUUGGAAAUGUACGAUUUGGAUAUGAAAACGUCAUUCGACAAAUUGUGGUCGACAUGUAUAUGGCGUCAACAGUUCGGUGCCAAUGAUCUAAAUGAAAACAAUGUUCGCAUCGACUACCUAAAGGAUGGUGUCAUAUUCCCCCAUAAUAAUGACGUCGAUGGCAAGCCAUUACUCAUCUUCAAAACCAGCAAACACAUCAAGGGCUCCAAGGAUAUGAAUGAAUUGUUGAAAGUUCUUGUCUACUGGGUCGAACGGAUACAACGUGAACGUCAUUUGGAGAAGAUUACCAUAUUCUUUGACAUGGACGGAACCGGUUUGUCCAAUAUGGAUUUAGACUUCAUCAAGAUGAUUAUUGAAACAUUUAAAAUGUAUUAUCCCAAUACAUUGAAUUAUAUUUUGGUUUUUGAAAUGGCCUGGAUACUGAAUGCUGCAUUUAAGAUCGUUAAAGCUCUUUUGCCUGAAAAGGCUGUGGAAAUUUUGAAAGUUAUUACCAAGAAGACUAUUAACACGUAUGUGGACAAGGACAACUGUCUAACUAGUUGGGGUGGAAAUGAUAAUUAUGUGUUUUCCUUUGUACCGGAAGUGAGGAAGCCAAUAAUGAAUGGAUCAGCAACAAUCUCUCCUGCAGAUCAUCAACAUAACGAUAAAAAGGUAAGAUAUUUUUUUUUUAACACCAACUAGGAUUAUUCGAAAGGGGAUAUCCCACGGUGUCUUAGGAUUUAUAAAACGAUGGAACCAAACGAAGACAUGUUACGCAUUACACCAGCCGAUUAUCUGCAAUUCGCACGUAAUGAUGCCAAAGAAUGUACAUUGGAAUUGACAUGUAUCAGUUCGAAUCCCGUCACAUAUAAGAUACAAACAACAUCACCGGAAAAAUUCCGUGUUCGUCCAAGAUGUGGUAUUUUAUAUCCUGGCAGCUCAAUUACAGUGAAUAUUCUUUUAAAACCCGAGCAUUCAUUGUCGGACAAUGGUAAAGAUAAAUUUUUAAUUAUGUGUAUGCCAUCAAUGGACAUUCAAUCGAAUCAAGUAACUGAGUUUUGGAAAAAAGUUGGUCAACAAUCUGCCAACAUGGAACAACAUCGUUUGUAUUGUACCUAUAAAGAUGGUGGAGAAAAAUCGUCACAACUAGUCGGCAAUGGUAAUGUUGGCAGUGCCAAUACAACAAAGGAAGACGCAGAUUACAGAAGAGGAAUGAACCUUGAAGAUACCCGUAAAUUGGAAAAACAGCUGAGAAACACCCAAAUUUUACAAAUAAUAACAUUGGUCUUCCUCUUCAUUUUGUUGGGUGCUGUAAUUUAUUUACUUAAAUUACAAAUGUGUGACGAUGAAGGCUGUUCGACAAGUCGUAUCAAUCAAGCAGAUUCUGUAGAUUUCGCCACAUGUGCCAAGGCUGCCACCACAAAAUGUCGCCACUUUAAAACAUCUAAGAUUCACACACUCAUUAAGCACUGCAAAUGUCCCGAAGGUUAUGUGGCCACCGAUGGAUUUGGUGACGACAACCUAAUGGAUCCAUAUAAUUUCAACGAUGAAUGUUCACAGAAAGGCGGUGUUCUAGGAGGCGGCUAUUUGCUUGGUCUUGUCGCAUUCGCACGUAAAUUUGCCCGUUGUAUAUUGACGCUUACGAUGCUCUUUGCCAUUGUCUUUGUAACGUUUUAUUUAUGUUCAACAUCGCGUGAAAAUUCAUCCAUUGUCACAACAAAUGCCCUGCUGCAAGUUACCGAGGCAGAGUAUACCCUUACAACAUACGAUUGGAAUUGA